AGAAGAAAAGAAACGGGUUUGUGCUGAAGAGGAAGAAAACGACAACCUUUUACUCCGGAGCUCUCUCAGACUCAGACAAAGAAGCAGCCAGAAGAACACAAGAAUGGGUUGGAUCGGCGAGACCGUGGACUCCGUCAAAUCCCUGCAGUUCCGGCAGGUCCUCACUCAGGCCGUCAGUCUCGGUAUGAUUGUUACAUCUGCACUUAUAAUAUGGAAGGCUUUGAUGUGCUUUACCGGCAGUGAAUCUCCUGUUGUUGUUGUUUUGUCGGGAAGUAUGGAACCGGGCUUCAGGAGGGGGGACAUUUUGUUUCUGCACAUGAGUAAAGAACCCAUUCGUGCAGGAGAAAUUGUUGUGUUUAAUGUUGAUGGCCGUGAGAUUCCAAUUGUCCAUCGUGUCAUUAAGGUUCAUGAACAAGAAGAUACAGGAGAAGUAGAUGUCCUCACAAAAGGAGAUAACAAUUACGGGGAUGACAGACUUCUGUAUGCCCAGGGUCAGUUGUGGCUUCAACGGCACCAUAUUAUGGGCAGAGCUGUAGGGUUCUUACCUUAUGUUGGCUGGGUAACAAUUAUCAUGACUGAAAAGCCAAUUAUUAAGUAUAUUCUCAUUGGCGCUUUGGGGUUGCUUGUUAUAACUUCAAAGGAUUAACAGGAAGCAAACUGUGGGCCAAAAGAAACUGUCUGCCAUUGGCCUUGAGUCUACUACAUUUCUCAUUGUAAACGACUUUAGUUCAUAUGAUAACUUACAGUGAAAAUAGUUGGAUAAUGUUUAAAUUUUAAUUUAAGGUUUAUAUUCUUCUUCUUCUUCUGUUUUUUUUUUUUUUCUUUUUCAAAUGCCAAGGUCAUAGGCUCGUAGCUUGACUUCGUAUAUCUAUCCAUGCAAUGCACCAAAACUGGAGAAAUGUGGAAAGAAAGGGCUCUUG